AUGGCCAUCACUCUCGCCGUCCCCGACACCUACGGCCUCGUCCUGGCCGCCGCCACUUCCACCUUCUUCGUCAACACCUUUCACAUGUUCCGAACCGCCAAGCUCCGCAAGGCCAGCAACAUCCCCUACCCCAACGCCUACGCCACCCACGAGCAGGCCGAGAAGGACGUGAACGCGUAUAGAUUCAACUGCGCCCAACGCGCCCAUGCAAACUUCAUCGAGAACCAGCCCUCCGCCCUCGGCGCCCUCCUCAUCUCCGGCCUGCACUUCCCCGUCGCCGCCGCCGUCCUCGGCGCCACCUGGUCCGUCGGCCGCACCCUCUACCUCUACGGCUACACCAGCUCCGCCGGCCCCAAGGGCAGGACUUUUGGCGCAUACAUCGCUGGCGUGGCAGACUUGAGCUUGAAGCUCAUGGCGGCCUACACCUCCUACCUGCUUGUCGCGGGCAAAUAA